GGUGCCGGCGCCGCUGCCUAGUCCGCCCGUCCGUGCAGCCGCGGCGGGGGCCGCGAUGUUGGCCGACAGCCUGGUGGAGGAGUUCGAGAUCCGCGAUGAUGAGCCCUGGUACGAUCAGCAGGACCUGCAGCAAGAUCUGCAUCUUGCUGCUGAGCUUGGGAAGACGUUAUUGGAUCGUAACACAGAACUGGAGGAAUCUUUGCAGCAAAUGUAUGCAACCAAUCAAGAGCAACUACAAGAGAUAGAGUACCUUACAAAGCAAGUGGAGCUCUUACGUCAGAUGAAUGACCAGCAUGCAAAGGUUUAUGAACAGCUGGAUGUUACAGCAAGAGAACUGGAAGAUGCUAAUCAAAAACUAGUUGUGGAUAGUAGGGUGUCACAACAAAAGAUAUUAAGCCUGACAGAGACUAUUGAAGGUCUGCAAACCCAUAUAGAUGACCUUCAGAGACAAGUGGAGGAAUUGAAGAAAUCUGGACGAGGUCAUAUGAACCAUGAGCGAUCUGAGCAGCCACGAUCAGUGCACAGCUUCUCAUGUUUGAAGGAGCUGUAUGACCUUCGCAAGUAUUUUGUUUACGAUCAUAUUUUUGCAGAAAAAAUUACUUCAAUGGAUAGUCAGCUGAGUCCCAUAGAAGAAGAAAAUGAGAACUUAAAAAAGGCUUUGACUGUAUUACAAGCCCAACUUAAUCUGGAAAAGGAGAAAAGAGUGACUAUGGAAGAGGAAUAUCAACUUAUGGUAAAGGAGAACUGUGACCUUGAACAGAGGCUGGUUGAUAAAGACUUAUACCGGGCUCGGGCAGAAGAGCUUGAAUUAGAAGUGGCUGAAAUGCGGCAGAUGUUUCAGUCUGAAAACACAUUUGUCAACAGCAUGGAGAAUCUAGUUCCAGAAUCAUUUUUUAUUUCAUUUAAAGAGUCUUUAGAAAGGGAAAUUAAUCAAAGCCCUUCAGAGGAUGCAUCCUUGACUGUCCCCCAGCUUGAUAAAAGGGCCCUAAAAAGAAGCAACAGUGAGACCUUCCUAAGCAGUGCUGCAGGAGGAGACCUUCUAAAGGGCCAUGAAGAAACCUGUAUUAGAAGAGCUGAAGCUGUGAAGCAGCGAGGCAUCUCCUUGCUUAAUGAAGUGGACGCUCAGUAUAAUGCUCUGAAGGUUAAGUACGAGGAACUUCUGAAGAAGUGUCAAAUGGAUGAAGAUUCUUUGAAACAUAAGGCUGUACAAACCUCAAAACCGUAUUCCAAAGACACUAGUGUGGGGAACAUCCAGUCUGACCGUUCAGCUACUGAUCAAGAGCAUGGAAAUAUUGAGCUAACGGGCUCACCCACAAAUGCUAUACCUGAAUAUAAAGCUCUCUUUAAGGAAAUUUUUAGUUGUAUCAGAAAAACAAAGCAAGAAAUAGAUGAACAUAGAACAAAAUAUAAGCGUUUCUCUUCUCAGCCCUAACACUUGUUUGUAUUAACUAUGCUGAUGACCUGUUUUCCCACUGAAAAGUUCUGUAUUAGUCCAGAAGGGAAACAUUAAGGGUCCCUCUGGUGUUUGUAUGUAUCUUGUUGUCACAUGUGUACUCCCUUCAACUUGAAUGUAUGUUCACUUUACUUGUAAAUAUGUAUGAUAUGGUCAACCCAUUAGUCAGUUGUAUUCUCUGUGCACGCAAUGACCCCUACUACACAGUAAAAGUUAUUGUUCAGUGGUAGUUGUUGGCAGUCUUAAAAGUAGAAAUUUGGCUUAAUUUUUGCAUACUACGUUUGUCCUCUCCACAGCAGCAAUUGACAAUCUAGCUCACUAUGCCCAGUAUACUACAGAAGCUGUAGACCUAAGGAGAAAUGAGUGUAUUAUACUUUUUCCACUGUGGGAAAUUUGGAGUAAAUUUUUUCCUUACUUCACAAACCAAAAAGGUUUUGUUCAGUCUUAGCCUUGUGGCUAUUUUUGUGUAUUAAAAUCCACCUGUGGGAAACCUCUGCUUCAGACUGAAAUUAGUAGUCAGUCUAAACGGAUGUGCCCUGGCAGAGAUGAGUGGAAACUGGCACAGCAGCCUGUAUUAGGCUUAAUUUAAGCCAGUUUUUCAUACCAAGUUUUCAUAUGCACUAAACUCUUUCCCCUUAGCAUAAAUGUCUUUAUAUUAAAAAUGGAUUAGGUGUAAAGGUAUGAAUAUUUGAGAGAGUUCAAUGUUUAGGGCACUCUUAAGGCAAGAUACUGUGAACUAUGUAUAUUGUCACUGAUCUACUGUUCCUUAGUGGUACUCCUAAAAGUGCAUUUUUGUCAUGUGAUAAGAUGGAAUGUUACAAUUUGUGGUAGCUUUGUUGUGGAGGAAUGGCUUUCUUUAGUCUAUAAAGCCUCCUACUCCAAGUGUUUUAAAGGAGACCGGACAAGUAAGUUUAUCAGAUGAUGGUGUUCAUCACUUUACACCAUUUUAGCUCAAGUAUGUGUAGACCUAUUUAGUAUCAGCAGUAAAAACAAAAACCACCCCAAAACACCUCUUUAAGAACCAGAUUACAACAUGUAAGAGAUGAGGCCAAGGUGUAAUUAAACCCUCCUUGCUCCUUCCUCUCUUUCCAUCCCUCCUUCCCAAUAAAAUAAAGAUUGCAGGACCAACUUCAGCUAAUGAAAAUGAAGAAUAUGGAUGACCACUACAUCAAAUGGGAGGAGGAAAGGCAGGAGAAUGGUAAAGGCUGAGAAACCAAGAAGGAAUGGAAGCCAGAUAACCAGCACUAAAAGGUGAUCUGAUAAUUUUACAAGAGUAGCAAUGCGCUUAACUCUUUAAAGUGUCGAGUGUUCAAGUCAAUGUUUGCUAUGGAUAAACAUCUGUCUACUUGAGUUGCGUAGGUAAAUCAAACUGUUGGCACAUGAUGUUAAGAAACUUUACAGCUGUCAUUAUAAAUUCUUGUCUGCCUCGUGUACAAUGUAAGUUAGUCUUCAGUUAUUUUAUACUUGUCCUUCAGUAAGACGGUAUUGAGUUUUACAGGUUAGACACUUACACUGUAAACAGUUGUGUACUGAAAUAGGGGUUUGUUUAAAAAAAAAUUAUAAAUACUUUUCCAAAAGGCAAAAAUCCCCACAGCUAAAGUUACUGGGUAUGUGCUGCUAAUUUUGUUCAAAUGUGUGAAACUACCACUAAUGCAAAGAAGAAGUUCUUAAAGUAAGUGUGCAUGGCAUCUUCAUUUAUAUAUAGAUUCACCUCCCACUCCCAGCAGGGAUUUCACAGACUUGCUGGCCUAUACUGCCCUUGCUUAGAUGAAAAAACUAAUUAGGGAACUAAAUUAAAGACUUGGGAGGGGGGGUAGACUAAUCUCUCCUUUUCCUCUCCCACAUUCCAGUUCCCUCUAGGUGAGAGAGCUGCUUCCCUGUACCUGUUCCUCUGAUAUCAGCUCCCUUUAACUUGCAUGUUGCUUGGCUUUCCUGUACCCUUGGGGAUGGCGGUCUGUUUCCUCUGCUCAUUAUG